AUGGAGGAGUUGGAAAGGUUUCUGCGAGAGACGGAUCCGGAUUGGCCUGGCGAUGAUGAUGAAGAAGCACUUGGGGCAGACGUCCGCACGACACCCCGCCCUUCCUCAUCCACAUUCGACGAUGAUUUCGACGAUUUUGUGAGCGCCGGCGAUGCGCAACCUCGACCUUUGGAGGUGGCGGCGCGCUCGGGCUUGGCGAGCAUCGACGCGUGGCGCGCUUUUCCAUCCUUCCCCGACGACGACGACCACGACCACGACCACGACGACUUUUCUGCGCUCGACGCUGCUACUGCCACUGCUACUGCCGCAGCUUCGUCGACUUCGCAUCCGAGCUCAUGCGCGCAAACGCUGCAAGAUUUCGACGAGGCGGUGCGAUGUUUGCGCAAAGAGGCCGAGCGGGUGA